AUGUUCCCACGCCUCCAACCAUGCAGACGCAAAAGCGUCCUCUCGAUCCUCCUCCUCUUUUUCCUGGCCCUCCUCGUCGACCGCGCGUCCGCAACACCGUCUCCAUCCCUAACACCAGCAGCCAAUACAGGUGUACAAGACCUCUCGCACCUCGCCAUCGACCCCGACGCAUCCUGCGACGGAUACGAGGGCCAGUGGAACUGCCUCUCGGAUACGUUCCAACACUGCGCCAACGGGACGUGGAGCGACGUGCUCUCGUGCACCGGGACCAGCAGCUCCGCCGAUGAGGCAGCCGAGCCUUCCUCGUCUUCAUCCAUCUGCACGCCCAUUGGAAGAACGGAUAUCGUCGAUUUCGACGGCGAGUGCAACGCGGCUUGGGCCUGGGGCAACGGUGGGAAUUCAGGCUGGGGCGGCGGCGGCACCUCGUGCAAUGGGAACAGGUGUUACUAUGGCGCUGGGGAGAGGCUGGAGGUUUCGAGGUGGGUUUGGUCGUUUGUUGGCAUGGUCUUCGUCUUGGGGGCGUUGUGA